UGUGCUAAAAAUGGAUUCCACCAGGAAAGUGGUGAAGAAGCUGUCUGGGGAGGGCAAAGGCUCAGCCGAGUGGUUCACCAGCAUCGGCAACGAGCACUCCCAAAUUGUGACCUUUGUGCUGACGUGCGAGGAGUCCACAGACAAGCUGACACCAAUGUGCAGUGGAGUCACGGAGAGGUUCCAGCUGGCCAACCAACCUGCCCCCAAAAUCAUGUACGUUGACCGUGGUUGUUGCCGUGCACAGGGCCCAACGGCGUUGGAGACCAUGUUUCAGCCCUGGGUGGACGAUGGGAUGGUCGUGUGCCUGGACAUCUUCCAUUGGAUCCACAGAUUUGACGCAGCUAUCCGCACGGAGGAGUCUCACUCCAAGUACGCUGCCUUCAAGUCUGCCAUAGCUGGAGCGGUCAUGGCCUACAACAAGGCUGAUCUGGAGCUGCUCAUAGGGGCUGUAAAGAACCAGAACGUGUUGCUGGGCGCCUUAUCCGAUGAGGAUAUUGUCCAACAGCACCUCUCAAGGGACCAGCUCCAACACCACGUGAGGAGAGUCACUCUCGGAGCUCAGGGAACCUUCUGGCUCGUCCACCAGACCAUCGAGGAGCUGAAAGUCCUGCUGGGGUGGACGAGAGUGGAGUGA